CCCUCAGCGUGGAGGGACGGCUCUCCGACAGGAUGGGGGACGUCUGCCGUGAACUGACCGCACCAGCUGCUCUAGUGUUUGUCUGGUCUCGGGGAGGGCUUUUGACACAAACCACGCGCUCGCAUCAAUGAUAGACUGGUUAGGUGCGGCGGCUUCGUGAACAUACAGUUUUCAAACUUGAGCUUUAAGAGUCAAACAGCAGCUGCUCGGCCUCCACGUGGAUUCGCCGACAGUGUUUAUUUGACUGGACUCUGACUUUCGCCCACAAACCGCGAAGCUGUCAGUAGACUGCGUGGUCGGAGGGAAGCCUGGAUACGAUGCCAACCCGAUUUCCAAGUGUUGCUGCUCCCCCAGAACAUGUGCAACGCGCUGCCGGCCGUCCACGCGGUCCCACCGACCAGCAGUAACCGCUCCAGUGGGUCCAAGUCUGGCUGAAACAUGUUCCUCCUGUGGGUCCCGGUGAGUUUAUUCCUCAGCUUCAUCGUUUCUCAGACGUGGAGCGUUCAGAUGUCGUGGGAAAACUGGAACGCCGGGCAGCGCAACCAGGGGAAUGAAUUGGACAAGCCGAGCUCUCAGCCUCACAUCGUUUUUAUCCUGGUGGACGAUCAAGGCUUCCGGGAUGUUGGGUACCACGGCUCCGAGAUCAAAACCCCGACACUGGACCGGCUGGCAGCACAGGGAGUCAAACUCGAGAACUAUUAUGUGCAGCCGCUCUGCAGCCCCUCCAGGAGCCAGCUCAUGACCGGCAGCUGGGAUCGGCGCCACCCUCCUGAAACCCUGCAGAAGAUAAUCAGGUAUCAGAUCCACACAGGCCUUCAGCACUCCAUCAUCCGAGCUACCCAGCCCAACUGCCUGCCCCUGGAAAAUGUCACCCUACCCCAGAAGCUCAAGCAAGCAGGAUACUCCACCCACAUGGUGGGCAAAUGGCACCUGGGCUUCUACAAGCGUGGCUGUCUGCCCACCCAGCGUGGUUUCGACACUUUCUUCGGCUCUUUGCUAGGAAGCGGGGACUACUACAGUCACUAUAAAUGUGAAGGGCCGGGGAUAUGUGGUUAUGAUUUGUAUGAAGGAGAAGAGGCAGCUUGGGAACAGGACCGUGGCUUGUACUCUACUGUGAUGUUUACUCGAAAGGCUAUUAGUGUCUUAGCUAAUCAUAACCCUCGCAGACAACCUUUGUUUCUCUACUUAGCCUAUCAGGCCGUUCAUUCCCCACUGCAGGUUCCUGCCCGCUACCUCGAGCGCUACAAGGGCAUUCCAAACUUGAAUCGUCGUAAAUAUGCCGCCAUGGUGUCCUGCCUGGACGAAGCCGUCCACAACCUCACAUUAGCGCUAAAACGCUAUGGUUAUUAUGACAACACAGUUAUAGUGUACUCCUCAGAUAAUGGUGGCCAGCCGUUGGCUGGGGGAAGUAACUGGCCCCUGAGAGGGAGUAAGGCCACCUACUGGGAAGGGGGCAUCAGGGCGGUAGGCUUUGUUCACAGUCCCCUAUUGGUGAACAAAGGGACAAAAUGUCGAUCUUUGGUCCACAUCACUGACUGGUUCCCCACACUGGUGACCCUGGGUGAAGGGACUUUAGAUGAAGAUCUAAAUCUGGAUGGGUAUGAUGUCUGGGAGGCUAUCAGUGAAGGCCGUCCGUCACCUCGACAGGACAUUCUUCAUAACAUUGACCCAAUCUACAUCAAAGCUAAGAACGGUUCAUGGAAGGCCGGGUAUGGCUUAUGGAACACAGCCAUCCAGGCUGCGCUCCGGGUGGGCCACUGGAAGCUCCUGACGGGGGUUCCUGGCUACAGCGAUUGGGUGCCCCCGCAGACCUUCUCCAACCAGCGGCUAACCAAUCGCUGGCAUAAUGAGCGCGUCCGUUGGGACCGGGGUAAAUCCAUAUGGCUUUUCAACAUCACAGCCGACCCUUAUGAGAGAGUGGACUUGUCUCAGCGCUACCCACACAUAGUGAAGAAGAUGCUAAUGCGGAUAGCGCAGUACAACAAAACUGCAGUGCCAGUACGCUACCCAGCCAAAGACCUGCGUUCUAACCCUCAGUACAACGGGGGUGUAUGGGGACCCUGGUACAAAGAUGAGAGGGAGAAGAAGGAGGAGGAUGAGAGAUACAAUAAUUUGUUCACCAACCAUCUUGGGAAAAGAAGGUGGAAAAACAAAUCAAAGAACAGAAAGCUGAAAAGGAAAGUAGAAGAAUAGCUUACCCUAUUUCUGAAAGACUUCAGUUGCCUUUUCUCAGGGAUUGACACUUCCUGUUUCAGGAUUGUCUUCUUCAGACUCUCUAACUCCAGUUAGUUUUAACUUGACUUCAGUUUAUACUGUAUGAAAAACAAUGCGGAUGGACCUUUUGAAAUGCCUCAAGAAAAUAAGGAAAAGAUCCACUUGUUCAAACACUACUGUCAUGCCCAGACAAAGCUAAGACCUCAUUUUAAUGUUAGGGCAAUUUAAAGAAUGUUUAUUUUUCUAGAUUGUGUUGCAUGCUUGAACUGUUGUCACCUUUGGACUGUUCUCUAGAUUCAUGUUUCACUUAGAAUCUUGAGAAUAAAUUUUCCUAGACAGUUGCCAUAAAAUUUGGUGACAGAGAAAUAAAGUAAGACAUAGUUCUAUUAUGUUGUUGAUUGCAGCGAUAUAGUAUUGUGGAAACAAAUGUAGGAUUUAGGUGAUUUGUGAGCUGAUGUACGUUGGUUUUAUAAGCACAGUCUGUCUGAUUCAAGAAUAAUACAUUUUGUUCCCUCUUUUAGAUGAUGUCUGGUCCGGCACCGGGCCAACCUGAAUGUAAGACAAAAUAACAAAAUAA